AUGACGGUGAGCUACGUGGGUAAUGGUGGCCAAGAGAACCCCUGCAGCCUGUCCUCAAGCACCGUCACCCAAAGUCAAUUCAUUUACAUCAAGUUAGAGCUCCCGGGAUCUCAUCCUGAACCUCUGAUCUCACCCCUGGCCCAUCCCCUGGCAUAUCCCUGGGAAUAUCCUCUGGGUCUCAUCCCUGGGUCUCACCCCUGGGUUUCAUCUCCUGGGUCCCCACCUGGCAUUUUCCUGGCCCUGCCUCCCUGGGCCUCACUCCCCCAUCCUCUUGGUCCUCCCAGACUCCACCGAGCUCCUCACGGGCCUCACCCCCUGCCGCACCACCUGGGACUCACCCCAGCCUUACCUGGGUCUAAUCCCCUGUCCACCUCUGGGUCUCAUCCCCUGGGUCUCAUCCCCUGUCUCACCCCUGGGCCUCAUGCCCUGCCCACCCGGGCCUCAUCCCCUGUCUCACUCCCUGGUCCACCUCUGGGUCCCCACCCUGGGUCUCAUCCUGGUCUCACCCUGGGCCUCAUGCCCUGGGUCUCACCCCAAGGGCCUCAUCCCCCUGGCUCACCCCUGGCUUCAUCCCCCUCCAUCCCCGGGUCUCACCCCAAGGGCCCCCAUCCCCUGGUCUCACUGGUUCACCCCUCUGGGUCUCAUCCUGGGUCUCACCUCUGGGCCGCACCACCUGGGACUCCACCCCGGGCCUUACCCCCGGGUCUCAAUCCCUGGGUCUCACCUGGGUCUCAUCCCGGGUCCCCACCCCUGGGGUCCCCUGUCUCAUCCCCUGGGUCCACCUCUUGGGUCUCAUCCUGGGUCUCAUCCUGGGUCUCACCCCCAGGUCUCAUCCCUGGGUCCACCCCAGGCCUCACUGGGUCUCACCCCUGGGCUCCUGUCUCACCUCAGCCUCAUCCCCUGUCUCAUCCCUGGGUCUCACCUCUGCCUUACCUGGGUCCCCACCCCUGGCCCUAUCCCCGGGUCCCUUGGGCCUCUGCCCCACCCCUGGGCCCCAUCCUGGGUCCAACCCUGGGCCCCCAGUCACCCGGGUCUCACCCCAAGUGGGCUCAUCCCCGGGUCCCCCCAGCCUCAUCCCGGCCCCACCCCGGGCCUCUGUCUCACUCUGGGUCUCAUCCCCUGUCUCAUCCUGGCCCACCUCAGGCCUCAUCCCCUGGGUCUCACCCCUGGGCCUCUGGGUUCACUCCCUUGGCUCAUCCCCUGGGUCUCAUCCCCUGGGUCUCACCCCAGGCCUCAUCCUGGGUCUCACCAAGGCCCAUCCUGGGUCUCACCCCCAGCCCCCUGGGCCCACCCCGGGCCCCACCCAUCCACCCCAGGGUCCUCACCCCCUGGGUCCCCAACCCCUGGGCAUCUGGGCCCCAUCCCCUAGGGUCCCCAUCCUGGGUCUCACCCCCAGGUCCCCUGUCCCUGGGUCUCACCCCUUGGCAUCUGGGUCUCAACCCCCUAGGUCUCAUCCCCCGGGGUUCACCUCCUAGGUCCUCCUGGUCUCACUCCCUGGGCCUCAUCCCAGGCCUCAUCCCCUGGGUCUCACCCCUGGGCCCCGUCCCUGGGUCCUCACCCCUGGCCCCAUCCCCAGGUCUCAUCCCCCUGUCCUCACCCUGGGCCCUCAUCCCUGGUCUCAUCCCCUGUCCAUCCUGGGCCUCACCCCAUGUCUCAUCCCUGUCUCACCCUGGGUUCAUCCCUGGGUCUCAUCCCCUGUCUCACCCCCUGGCCUCAUCCCCAGGUCCAACCCCCGUCCACCCCAGGUCCCCGUCCCCUGGGUCCCACCCCUGGGCCCCAUCCCCAGGUCCUCAUCCUGGGUCCACUCUGGGCCCCAUCCCCAGGUCUCAUCCCCUGGGUCUCACCUCCCUUGGGUUCCCUGGCCUCCAUCCUGGAACCUGUGAUUCUCCCACUUUCCCAGAAUCUGUAACUGUUCAAGUCCCCGCAGAACAUAAUAUAGUUCUCCGGAGUCCGACAGAAGCUCUUCUCUGGUGUUACCAAGCUGUCGCUCCUAGCUUCUCUAGUGUUACCAAGCUGACGCUCAAAGCUUCUCUGGUGUUACAAAGCUGUCGCUCCCAGCUUCUCUGGUGUUACCAAGCUGUCGCUCCCAGCUUCUCUGGUGUUACCAAGCUGUCGCUCCCAGCUUCUCUGGUGUCACCAAGUUGUCGCUCCCAGCUUCUCUAG